AAAAAAUAAGAAAAUAAGAAAAUAUAAAAUACUAUAUAUAUAUAUAAUUCUCCCUCAAAAAACUUAAAAACUCUCUCUCUCUCAACUAAACGCAUUUGAGGACCUCUUUAACUGUCAGUAGUCGAUGAAUUAUCAACAAAAGUUAAAAACUGAAUGUGUAAGGUUUCUAUUGUGGCUAAAUUGUUCAAUUUGAUGACAUCUUGAAUUUCUCAACAAUGGAUUUCGGGUUUCUUGGUGGUCUUCCAUGGUUUAAGGCCCAACCAAACAAUGAUUCAGUGACAACCCUUAGUUCCAUGAGUGCCAUAGUUGAGCAACCUAAACAAAAAGCUCUUUUUGAUAUCAAGUUGUGGCAAUGGUCCCUGCUUUCAUUUUUUCCAUGGGCAUUCAAUGCUAGAGAUAAAAUUCGAACACCAACUACCAUCAAUAGAGGGUUAAAGAGGCGAGCGCGACACCGCGGGGCUAUUGACAAUGAAGGCGUUGUGGCUUUACGCUUCAGACCAUAUGUUUCUAGGGUUCCAUGGCAUACAGGUGCAAGAGCAUUUCUUUCUCAGUUGUUCCCACGGUAUGGACAUUAUUGUGGACCUAAUUGGUCGAGUGGGAAAGACCAUGGGUCUCUAGUUUGGGACAAGAGGCCAAUUGAUUGGUUGGACUUCUGCUGCUAUUGUCACGAUAUUGGUUAUGACAGUCAUGAUCAGGCCGAGCUGCUGAAGGCUGACUUGGUGUUUCUUGAGUGCUUGGAGAGGCCACAUAUGACUACAAAAGGAGAUGCUCGUAUUGCUAAUCUUUAUAAGACGAUGUGCAUUACAGGUCUCAAGAAUAUACUAAUACCUUAUAGAAGCCACCUCGUGAAGCUACAGUCUGGACAAGCUGUGACUGAUUUUGGAUGGCUAAGCAACAUAAAAUGGAGAAGUUGGAAUUUUCAGAAAACUAAAAGAUCUGUCAUGAGUUCUGAGACAUAGUGAGCUAUGCGUCAGAGUUAAUGAGAUAUGGAGUUGAAGCCGAUCAUCUUUAAAAAUUAUACUUGUUCUCAUUUUCUAGUCUUUAAGUUGUUCUGAAGCUUUUCUCUGUGAGAGAUACAGAGCAACUUAGGAUCAUUGCCCUUGUUGGAAAAUGUCAAAUAUCUGAAUCUAAUUUGGAUUCUCCCGAAAUACAUAUAAUGUACAUAACUGCCUUUACUGCUACGGACAUUGCUACCUUAUGAUUAUUAAACAUUGAGAGUUAGUAGUCUACGUCCUUUCACUCUACCAA